AUGGAUGGAGUUGAGUUUGAAGGCAUUGUUGACCCUACAAAUACUGAGCAGUGGUUUGAAUGGAUUGAAAGAGUGUUUGAGCAGUUAGAGUGUUCUAACGCUGCCAAAUUUAAGUAUGCUAUCUCACUAUUACAAAAAGAUGCCUAUGAUUGGUGGUAUGUCCCACCUGCUUAUAAUGAUGCAAAGAAAAAAGAGUUCUUAAAUUUAGAGCAAGGGAGUAUGUCUAUCGCUGAAUAUCAACAAAAGUUUCUUAGGCUGUCUCGCUAUGCUAGGGGUAUUAUUAAUAACAAAAAAGAUAAGUGCAGGCGAUUCAUAGACGGUUUGAAUGAUUCUAUCAGAAAAUCUGUAGCGUUCCUACAACAUGAAAACUUUUGUAAAUUAGUUUCAGAUGCUCCUACUUGGGAAAGGAUCGACAAGGAACAAGCUGGUAGAAAUGAACAAAACUUCAGGAAAGCUUAUGCCGAUUCAGGAGGUCCAUUAAAAAGAGGGAGGUUUGACAGUUCCAUGGCUAAUACUUUUCGCAAGUUAGCCCAACAUAAGCAGAAUAGAUCAAUUACGUCUACUGCCAGUACUCCAAGUUAUGGCCAAGGCAAGACUCGUAUACCCACUUGUGCACAAUGUGGAAAAAAUCACUUUGGUACUUGUAGAAGAGCUUCUGGCGCUUGUUUUAGUUGUGGGAGCAUCGAUCAUAAAGUGAGGUAUUGUCUUAAUCCUAACCCCAUUUCUUCUCCGCGUACAGAAGGCUCGGUUCAAAAACCUGUUACCACUCCCUCUGAAGGAAAUAGAGGUGCAAGAUCUAGAAAUAUGCAAGCAACGGGUACAGGUGCAACCAAUCCAGCUAUGGGUCAAGAGCUACAGCACGACCUUAUGCGAUGA